UGUAGGAUAUUGAAGUACAAUGGCGUGUCCUUAUAGUAUUUUACCACCACGUCGUAUUGACAUUAAGAUACUGUGCCAGCUGUUUAAGCUUAAUGUUUGUUUUCCUUUGCCGAAUGUGAGUUUAGCAUGUGGCGCAUGCACACGCCAGUACAAAUAGCCCAAAUGUUUGCCAGGCGUGUCUGUCAUGACGUCCAGUCAGUUAAGUGCUUCGCUUGAUGGGUGGGCUGCUGGUCGGAAGCCUGAUGAUGCAAAAACAAAUUUCCUUAGAUCUUGGAUUAAGUUGUUCUUUCUAAGCCCGACUGCAGAGAGCUCAUCUUCCUCUCCCUCUUCUUGCCCGACUGAGGAUGGACGUAGCUCAGCAAGUAGUUUGUCUUUCGUCACGCUCUGCACUUUGUCCCCUCCGUGUGUUUAUUCGGGACGGCGCGGCUCGCUCUUCACGCUGCCUCGGCCAAAGUGCAGCAAUGUGCAGCCCGGGGAAAUGGCUCCUCGCGUUAGCUGCUUGGCGUCCACCCUACCGGCGAGGAGGAGACUUUUAGAGGUCAAUCAUCAUCAUCGUCCGGCGUGCACGUUCACUUAGUCGCUGCACAGGCUGGGAUGGCUUGAAGGCUGAGAUGAGGAAAGGGAGAAGAGCGGCAAGAGGCGAGGGCUCCAAGCCGGCCAGGCCGAGGAAGGGAGGCGGCCGCUCGGCCGUCCCGAGACUCUUCACCAUCACCGAAGAAGAUGAUGGGCACAAACGGAGAGAUGGUAGGAGGAGGAAGACCAAAGCGUCUUUCUAUAAAUCAGACGAUGGCAGGAUGUCUUCACCCGCCGGGGCCAGCUCGUCGCUCUCCGGUCGGGCCUACUCCCCCGCCCUGACCUCCACGCCCACCCCGACGGGCACCAGCGGCAGCCCCAAUAACAGCGCGGCGGGGCCCAAAAUAGAUUCUUCGCUCUUCAAUAAAACCGACGAGAGGCUGAGGCUGGCCCGGGAGCGUCGAGAGGAACGCGAGAAACAGAAUGCCACCAAAGAGGCCGAGUGGCAGGCGCGAGAGGAGCGUGCCAGGCGCCACUACGAGAAGCACCUGGAGGAGAGGAGAAGGAAGCUGGAGGAGCAGCGCAUAAAGGAGGAACAGAGACGCCUGGCUGUGGAGGAGAAGCGGCGGCAGAAGCUGGAGGAGGACAAGGUUCGUCAUGAAGCCGUGUUGCGGCGCACGAUGGAGCGGGGUCAGGCCAGCAGACCCAAGGCCAACCGCUGGUCCUGGGGAGGCCCUGUGCGCCCCGGCACGCCCACCGAUGCUGACCGCAGAUCGGCGUCCACGGUGAACCUAUCCAAACAUCACGACUCCGUCAUUACCAAGCGCCUGUCGUCGUCCUCCGCCACGCUCCUCCACUCGCCUGACCGAGGGUUGUGGGCGAGGACAACCUCCACCCCUGCCUUAAACAAAGCUCAGUCCAAAACUCGUCUCACCCAAGGGACCCAGCAAAGAAACGCAGGUCUUCGCCGCCUUCCCCUGACCCCGUGGGAGAGCAACGUGGUGAACCGGCUGCAACAGCCCACACACUCCUACCUGGCACGCAGUCGCAGCGCCAUGAGUCUCUCAGGAGAGCAAACGGCCAUGCCUGUGUGUCCUCGCUCAGUGUCGUGCCACCCCACGGGCUCGGCGUCCUUCAAGACCCUGCCGGGCCGCCCGCUGUCUCACAGCCGCAGCCACGAUCGCAGCCUCGCCAGGGAGACGGCUUCGUCGGCGCCGGCGCGCAGGAGGACCACCGGCACGCCGCAGACGCCACAGAAGAACCGCGACUCUGUCAGGAAGUCAUGGAGCAACCUGUCGCUGCCUCUCGGCCCCUCGCUCACCUUACCCCUCAAAUUGCGUUCCUCGUCACCCAUCAAAAGGAACACCAAAGUAACAGCGCCCUCUCCUGGAAGGCCCUCUCAGAAUAUCAUAGGACGCCCCCCGACCCCCAAGAUGCUCAAGUCCCCUGUGGCAGAGGACCCCGGAAACCUGCGCCCUCUCAAGGUGUUGCCUGAGAUUCCGCAGCCGUCUAACCCCGUCCAAAGCCAAGAAGCGGAGGAUGAGCAGGUCCUCAGCCCUCCCCGGCCAGCGGAACACAAUAAGGCUGCAACCGGCGAGCCAUCCCCGAAGCCUUCUGCCGGGACCACAGAUCGAGAGGAAGCCAGCCGCAUCCUCGCCGAGAACCGGCGGCUGGUCCGCGAGCAGAGAGAACGGGAGGAAGAGGAGCGAAAGCAGCAGGAGGAGCAGGCCAGGCUAGCUCAGGAGGAGAUGGCUCGUCGCAAGGCCGAGGAGCGAGCGAAGCGAGAGGAGGAGGCCCAGCGGCAAGCGGAGGAGAGGAAGCUGAAAGAAGAGGAGGAGAGAGGGCUGAAGGAAGAGGAGGAGAGAAGGAUGGAGGAGGAGCGCCUCCGGCAAGAGAGAGAGGAGGCCGAGAGAGCUCAGAAACAGCGCGAGGAGGAAGAGUCUCGGCAGAAGGAGGAGACGGACAGACUCAGGCAGGAGAGGGAGAAGCACUUCCAGAAAGAGGAGGCCGAGCGGCUGGAGAGGAAGAAGCGACUGGAGGAGAUCAUGAAGAGAACCAGACGCUCGGACGCCUCGGACAAGAAAGCAACGCCCAGCAAGAACACAGACGACCCAGCUGCCGUCGCCUCUCCGGGCCCGUCCCAAGGGAGCCCCGCCUCCAGCCCGCAUAGCAACGGUUGCCAAGCGGACCCCAACUUGAACACCAGCAGCACUUCCACGCACAGCGCUCCGAUGCAAAGGGAGAACGGAGAGUUUGACGAAGGGCUUCUUGAACCGCCUGCACAUUCCAGGUUGAAGGGAGACGACGACGACGACGAAGAGCAAAAGAUGGACGAGGAUGACGAGAGAGUUGCUGUGGUGGCCUUCAAGGAGAACGGCCUCUCAAAGCCUCACAGCGCCGCGCUGCCGGAUGACAUCACGGCCCAGCAGGGAGCAGGUCGGGAUAGGAUGACGUCGACGCGGCCACGGACGAGCAGGAAGGAAGGCGCUUGGAUGAAUGCACGAAACGCCACAACGGCACUUCCGGGAGGCACUGAUGCGUGUUUCCUCCAAGACGGUAACUCCAAAGAUCACCCUUACAAAUCUCACGAGGGGAUGCUUUCAUGGAGGCAGACUGUUUUUGCAACUUUUUUUUUUUUUUUUUUCCGGGGGGGGGGGGGGGGAUCAACCACCAAAGGGGUGUAUACUAUAAUUGAGAUUUACUGAAGUGACGACGGCAAACCCAGAUGAGUUGUAAAGUCUUUAAUUCUGAUUUUGUUUUCCUCGCUUGUUGGACAGCCAGCGUCGGCAAAGCGGGGUUGAACGCGCACAGAAAUGUCGCAAGAGACGGUUUGUGUCUCCUCACGUAUUUAAGAUGCUCGCCGGGUUGAACUCGGAUUGCUGCUGGUUUUCUUAGUUGAUCCACUUACUGGAACGUAAUCGCUGUAAACCAAACUUUUGGUUGGCUUGAUGUUCAUUUUGCUGUAAAUCUCAUAACUUUGGUCAGGCGGGGGAAAUUUUGGAACACGUGCUGCUAAUUAUUUUCGGACGCCUUACCAUGUAUGAAAUUAAGAUAACGGCAACGAUAACUUUUUGCACUCGGACUCGGGCCUAGUGCAGUACCGCCGACGUGGUCGGUGAUGAAUCGAGCUGACAAAUUGCUCCGACGGAAGAGCAUCAAAGCCAUUCCAGAACUAAUAUAUGAGAGUCACUCUAUUUUACUAAGAAUGAGCAGAGCAAAGAUAAGAAACCACUCCAGCUGUAUUAUUUGAAAAUAAAUCUCUUGGACAUGUUA